AUGACUGUGCUGUGCAUGGGCUGCAAGAGAGGAGGAGGCAAGACGAGGGGAGGGGCCCAGACUCUUCUCAUCCUCCCACUUAGUCCAUCCUGCUAGGUCGCCCCUGGUUAAAUUUUUGCCCUAAAUGAAGAAUCGCGGUCACGACCACGAGAAAUUCUCUUCCUGACUUGUGCUUCCCUUGGGCACUGUCACCCCGCCAAACAUCGAAAGAGAGCCGGCGCCAGGCCCCGCCUUUUCCUGUCCCGCCCCCGACUAGCGCCCAUAGCCACGCCUCCAACGCAGCGAUCCUCCGGAUUCGCGGAUCCUUGCGGGACUCCCUUUCCGGCGGCGCGCUUACGUCACAAGCCCUGCGCCUUCCGCGCCUCUUCGGGCCUGCGUUCGAGCGGAAGGUCGUCCCUGUGACCGGCUAGGUGUUUGGAGCCGCUGUCGCCAUGUUGUCGGUCGCUGCCCGCUCGGGCCCAUUCGCGCCCGUCCUGUCUGCCACGUCCCGCGGGGUGGCGGGCGCGCUGCGGCCCCUGGUGCAAGCCGCGGUGCCCGCCACCCCGGAGGCUCCUGUUCUGGACGUGAAGCGACCCUUCCUGUCCCGAGAGUCUCUGAGUGGCCAGGCCGCGACCCGGCCUUUGGUCGCCACGGUGGGCCUCAAUGUUCCUGCUUCUGUUCGUUAUUCCCAUACAGAUGUCAAGGUGCCGGACUUCUCUGACUACCGUCGUGCUGAAGUUCUAGAUAGCACAAAGUCUUCUAAAGAGAGCAGUGAUGCUAGAAAAGGCUUCUCAUAUCUGGUAACUGCAACUGCUACUGUGGGUGUUGCAUAUGCUGCCAAGAAUGUGGUCACCCAGUUUGUUUCCAGCAUGAGCGCGUCUGCUGAUGUACUGGCCAUGUCGAAGAUUGAGAUCAAGUUGUCUGAUAUUCCAGAAGGAAAGAACAUGGCUUUCAAAUGGAGAGGCAAACCUCUGUUUGUGCGCCACAGAACCCAAAAGGAGAUUGCCCAGGAAGCUGCCGUUGAAUUGUCCCAGCUAAGGGAUCCACAGCAUGAUUUAGAGCGAGUAAAGAAACCGGAAUGGGUUAUUCUCAUAGGUGUCUGCACUCAUCUUGGUUGUGUACCCAUCGCAAACGCAGGAGAUUUCGGUGGCUAUUAUUGCCCGUGCCAUGGGUCACACUAUGAUGCCUCUGGCAGGAUCAGGAGGGGCCCUGCGCCUCUCAACCUGGAAGUGCCUACCUAUGAGUUCACCAGUGAUGAUGUAGUUAUUGUGGGUUAGACACUGGACUCGGCCUAGGCUUCUUUCAGUCUUCCUGUCCCAUCAGAAGAGUUGAGAGUAAGCCUUGUGUACUUCUAGGUUGGUUGAUUUAAAAUAUUUAAGAAUUGUGAAUAAUGUAUUGGCAAACAUUAAUGUGAAGUAAUUGAAUUCACUCUUAAAUAUUGUCAAGCAUUAUCGUAAUAAAGCCACUGUAGAGCAUCAAAUUCAGUCACAGACUUGAAAGGUGCAAUGUCUUUAAUAGCUAAUUCUAAUAAAACAUUACAGAUUGUUGUACAAGA